ACCCGUUCCAAAAUGGCUUAAAAGCUGUCGAUAAUGCUCCGAUCCUCACCAAUUGCCAAGAUGAAAUUAUUAGUGGCAUUUAUAUUUGUGAUGGCCGUGGGUCCUGCAUACCCAGCUAUAUUCAAACACUUGGAAAAUGAGUGCGCAAAGAAAGGAGGCAUUACACCACAUCUCAUCAAAAACAAUCCAACCAACAUUCGAGUGAAGUGCUACUACGCCUGUCAGAUGGAAAAGCUGGAAAUAAUUGCCAAUGGAGUGGUGAACCCCUUCGAUGUAUCCGUUCUCAAUAUCACACAGGAAAACUACGACAAGUUCGGCAGAAUGGUGAAGUCGUGCCUGACGCUAACGAAUCCUCACAAAUGUGAGCUCGGCUAUAUAGUAUUCCAGUGCCUAAAUGACAAGUUUGCAAAAUUAUAAAAAAAAGUAUAAAUAAAUGUAUACUUAAAAAUGA